AUGUCGGACGUUCUGUAUACUAAAAGUAAUGGAAAAUUUCUCGGCAUGAUAGAAAUGUUAGCAAAGUUCGAUCCUGUUAUACUGGAACAUGUAAAUCGAAUUAAAAAUAAAGAAACCCAUGUUCAUUAUUUAGGGCAUGAGAUACAAGAUGAACUCAUAAAAAUGGUGGCAGCUGAAGUAAAGAAAAAAAUAAUCAAUUCAAUAAAGACAGCUAAAUAUUUUWCAAUUAUAAUGGAUACAACUCCAGAUAUAAGUCACAACGAACAACUUACAAUUCUUAUUAGAAUUGUAAAUAUGGAUGAAAAAAAUACGAAAAAUCUUAAAGACUGUCGAGGUCAAGCCUAUGACAACGGUUCUAACAUGGUCGGACAAUAUAAAGGAGUACAAUCUCGAAUUUCAAACAUAAAUUCCAGGGCUUUUUUCACACCAUGUACUGCUCAUAGUCUUAAUCUAGUUCUCUGUGAUGCAGCGAAAAACUCAUUAAAGGCCAUCACUUUUUUUGGUAUAUUACGUCGCGUUUUUACUUUAUUCUCUGCUUCUGUUGGUCGUUGGGAUAUAUUAAAAAAUAACUGUAAACAAUUUACACUGCCAUUUAUAAUGAAUGCUCGAGAAGAAGUUUCUAAUGACACUAAUGAUUUGGWAGCAAGAAGUGAAGCUCUUUCGUUGUUAAAAGAAAUUUCUAGUUAUGAAUUUAUUUUAAUCAAAAUCAAAUCAAAUGACUUAGCAGAUUUAGUUGGAACAGAAUCAAUCUUCAAAAAAUGUAGACUUAGAAAAAAAAAGAAAUUAUUUGAUUAUGAAGCUAAUGAUGAAGUUAUUGAAAAUGAAGAAGAACAUUUUAAAAUAACAUAUUUCUUCGUCAUAUUAGACCAGACUAUUAAAUCGUUGGAUAAACGUUUUAAACAACUGGAAUCAUAUUCAAAUAAUUUUGGUUUUCUAUACAACAUUGGUAAAUUAAAAGAAAUGCAAGACGAUGAACUAAUGAAGUGCUGCAAAGACCUACACUUAGUUCUUUCGGACGAAUCUUCCAAAGAUAUAGAUGGACAGGAUUUAUUUGCGGAAAUCAUAAUUUUUCGAACUUUAGUUUGCGAAGAAGUUACACCUCUUCAAGCUUUGGCAGAGUUAAAAAAAAUURGCGGGUCAUUUCCAAAUAUUACAAUCGCAAUACGAAUAAUGUUGACGAUACCUGUAGCAUCGGCUUGUGCAGAAAGAAGUUUUUCAAAACUCAAAAUAAUUAAGUCGUAUUUAAGAAAUUCAAUUGGACAAGACAAAUUAUCAGACCUUGCAUUGCUUUCAAUUGAACAAGAGAUAUCAAAAUCGAUAAAUUAUGAAGAAGUCAUCAACACUUUUGCUCAGAGUAAAUCGAGAAAAAAAAUAUUUUAG